CUUUCUUGCAAUACCCCGGUGUGGGUCUGGGUGGUUUUGAUUAGUAACUUCAAAGAUGUCUGAAGUAAAGAUGUAUUUUCGUAAUUCUUAUUGACAACGUUAAAGAGGGGACACUGACUGGGCUAUUCUCCAAUUGAUUUCACGAGAGGAUUAAUAACCAUUGAGUAUUUCCUUUGCAUUGUGUGUGUGUUUAAUAGUGGUACAUUAUGUGUAUAUCUCAAUAGGGGAUUCAGUUUCCCGAAAUGACAAUGCUUGUUUUUGAAUUGAGGAACACAAGCUUUGGGUAUAUAUAGGGAUAUUUGGAUUGUGUUUUUAAUAGAAUUCUUAUGUGGACGAUAAACAUCCCAUGUGGACUGUCGUUAUGGGCUUCUAUUGUGAGAGGAGAUUUAGCAUCUUAUUAAAAGUCGACAGAAUAUAUUAGCUGAUGAUGUCUGCCUUAUAAUUCAAAUGUGAAUUUUGGGGGAUAAUUUAAGGUGUAUAAAAUUUUAAUAUAUGCCGAGGGUGUCAACGGGAAUCAAGCAGCACUUUAAUUAUUAUGUGAAUAAGCUGACUUGGAUUUUAAACAUUCUUUAUAGACAACAAGGGAUUAACACAGCUGAUCAUUGCCGAAUUUAAUCAACAAUUUAUUUACUCUCUAUGUAAGUGCUGUAACGGAGAGGUAUAAUCACAUGAUUAAUUCGGGUCUUUGCUUUGGCAGCAGGAUUUUAGAAAUCAAGAAAAGAAUGGUUUUCGGUACGUUGUGCCAACUUUUGCACCAAACAUGCUGCACCCUUGUUUUGUCGCUAAGUUAGAAACAAAACAAUUUUCUCUCCUCUUGUGGAUUUUUGGUUCUGUGCGACUUUGACAGUUAAGGCAAUUGAUGGCCGAGUAAAUAGUUUUUAGAGGUAAAAUCAAUAUUUACAACGAACUGUUUUACAAAUAGCAGUGAAUGUAUGUUAAGAGGCUUAUAGCUACAACUUUUGUUUGAUAUUGUAUUGCUCCCUCAGUAUUGAAUCACCAAAUCCCGGAAACAAUCAGAAAGCAUUGAGCUUAAAAAAAAACAAUAAUUGAAGUGAAUUAAAUGAUGCUAUCCUCAGGGAAUUGCCAUCAUUAGUGAACAUAAGAAGACGAAAAUUGUGCUUUUUCCAUGAUUGAAUACCAUUUGAACUGGACAUUUCCAUAAAAAGAAAAACAAAAAACAUUAAAGUGAAAGGUACUCUUGUCUCAGGUACGCAGAGGAAAAUUUAUAUGUUCUAUGAAUUAAUCAUGGUUUUAUAUUGAUGUGAGAUAUGAUCUGAAUCCCAAGAAAUAUGGAGUAACACUUUAAAGGACUGAGAAUGGAAGUAAAAAGUAUUGUCAGUGAUGUCAAAAGUUCAAAGACUCAUAGUGAAGCGAUUUCUACACUUAUGCAAUAUUAAUGAAGUGUGUUUUCUGAUCUGGUUCGCAAGAGGUACAUUGUGAUAUUGAUUGGGCUACUGGCACCUCAUGAAACUUUGAUAGGUCAAAUUAGAAAGUUUUUUUUAUUUGGUUUAAAAGGGUGCCAAACAGGCAUCGUAGGCUAUAGGCAAACUGUUUAGGGGGAAUUCUCAUUAUAUUGAACUUCUAAAGUUACUAGAUACAGGACAAUAUACAAGUAUCUGUGACAUCACCAGUAUUGAAAAACAAAGGAUUGAUAUAUUUAUAGGUUGAAUGGAUUUUAUAAAUAAUUGAGGAUUGCAGGAAUUAUCCAAAACAAACUUCAAAUUUUAUACAAAAAAAUAUAGUGAAAUUGAUUACCAAUAUCAGGAUUAAUUCUAUUGCUGUAAUUGUAUUAGUCGGUGUUGAUACCAGUGUUUUGUGAAAUAUGGAGGAGUUGAAGAAACCUGUUAAAGUGGAAUUACAUGUGAUUCCUAUAAAUAUACAAAAUAUGACCGAGGGCGAGGACUCUGUGGACGGCUGUAUGGAAACUCGGAAAAAGGAAAUGCUCUCCAGAAACAAGAGUGCCAUAAGUUCCGCAUGUCUGAGCCGCAGAUCUUUCCCCAGCAGGCGUUGUUUCACGGCUGUUGAGAGACCCAAGCGAUCUCGGAAAUCAUGUCAGGCUUGUGCAUACCACGAUGUGAAACAGAUUGAACAAGAUAUGGAGGGUCAGCAGAAUGUUUUAUUGUAUGGAUUUCACAGAUCAAAGUCUGAAAUGGAUGUCCACAGCAAUGUUUCCUCAGAAUCUUUUACUACACAAUUCCUUAGGGAGAGAUCUCAAGUGUUCCUUACCCAUACUCCUGCAGAAGCACCCCAGGGACGGAAGUCUGCACUAGGUCAUCUGCCUGUCAGUCGAGAGGAAGUCAGCAUUGCCAAGACAACCGUGCCAAAGAAAGGGCUCAUUAAACUGACGGCACUGGAUAACGAACUCAAAGAUCCUCUUCUCUUUGAGAGGAAAGGAAAAGAAGUUUCACCCAUGGAAGCAGUGCGGGAGCAACAGAGAAGGCAGCAGAAGUAUGAAAAGCAAAGGAAAAUGCUGAUCCGGCGUAAAGACAUCAUGAAUCAGGUGAACAUUGGCAGUCUUCAUUUGGCAGAGGAAAAGGAAAAACACGAUUUAGAAAUGCAAAUAGAAAACUACACACUGGGAGAUCUGCAUCGCAACAUCAAUGAACUCACUAGCACAAUAAAACAUCCCUCAGCAGAGAAUGUGAAAAGAGGCUGGAACAGUUUGACCUCCAACACAAAGACCAUGACCUCUCAGCCCAGGGGGCUGGCCCUCCCAGCGAUCAACACCAUCAACCUGUUCUAAUGGGAGACCCCAUGGAAAUACCAUGGCUUUAACUGUGCAAUUCACACCUAAUAACUAUAAAAUGGCCAUAAUUAUUUUCUUACAAUUGAUUAUGAUAUUAAAUGUUGUAUUCUCAGUGUAUAACCAUUAUUAUAAUAAAAUAUUGCAUCAUCAAAUCUG